AGCGGCGCCGCUCGGCACAUCAACAAAUAAAAGCAGCGAGCCGAGUGAAAGAGCGAAAGAGCCAGCGGCUGCGAACGCACCACUCGCGCCACCAUGGAACAGACGGACAAUAUGGGCCCGAUUUUCACGACUGCCGAAGACCAGAGCCGGAUCAUAGAAUUGAAGCGGCUAGAGUGUAGCAUCAUGAUAAAUCAAACGGAACUGCGGCAAGGCCACUGUCCACCUGUGUGGGACACCAUCAUGUGCUGGCCAGCCACGCCACCCGGUGAACUCGCCAUCUUGCCCUGUGCCAACUACAUCGCUGGAUUUGAAUACUCUGGGUUUGCCAGUCGUCUGUGCACAAACGAGUCAACGUGGUUCGCCAACGAGCAGAACGAUCAUUGGACCAACUAUUCGAUGUGCUUCAACCACCCGCUGGCUACGGUCGUCAUCAAGCUGGCCGAUGUCGCAAACGUUUCGCACACAAUUGAGUGGAUGCCGAUUUUGAAGCCGGUGGUUCACGUGGGCUUCGGCUUCAGUUUGCUCUCUCUGCUGAUCGCCUUCGGUAUCUUAGCAACGACAAAGAAACUGAGGUGCCCACGCAACACGCUGCACAUGCACCUCUUUUCCUCCUUCAUCUUGCGCGCUUUCAUGGGGUUAAUGAAGGACACGCUGUUCGUCGAAGGCCUCGGACUCAACUCGGACAUCGUCGUCAAGGGCAACGACACCUUCUUCAGUCAGCAAGAGAGGAACUGGGCGUGCAAAAGUGUGACCAGUCUGUGGCAGUUCUCGCUCGUAGCCAAUUACUCGUGGAUCUUGAUGGAGGGCCUCUAUCUGCACAAUCUCAUCUUCCUCGCACUCUUCUCCGACUCGAGCGCCAUCACGCUGCACGUCGUCCUCGGCUGGGGCAUCCCUGUGCUCGUGGUCGGCAUCUGGGUGAUCGUGCGGACUGUCUUUGAGAACGAUUUCUGUUGGACCACCCAAAACACCUACGCCUCCCUCGUCAUCCGCAUCCCAAUCAUCGUGUCAAUUCUGAUCAACUUCGUCUUCUUCCUCAACAUCAUCCGCGUGCUGUUCCUAAAGCUGAAGUCGUGCAUCACCGAGGAGACGCGUAGAUACAGGUAUAGAAAAUGGGCCAAGUCGACGCUGGUGCUGGUGCCGCUGUUCGGCGUGCAAUACGUUUUCUUCCUGGUACUUUCAUGCUUCAUCAAGGACAACCCAAACGUGGAGCUCUUUUGGCUGUUCGCUGACCAGAUCAGCUCCUCUUUCCAGGGUUUCUGCGUGGCGGUGCUGUACUGCUUCCUCAACACGGAAGUGCGCACGGAGCUGUCAAAAAAGUGGCUGCGGAGUCCGUGGCACCAGAAGAAGGGCACCGGCAACCGUAAUGGACGAAACUCGUCCCGCGGCUGGCGCCUGCGGUGGUCACGCAGCUCUUACGUCACCUCCAACAUGUCCAUCGAGUGUCGCAGGGUGGCCAACGACCACGCCCGCCGACCUGCCGUCUGCGUCCCUCUCUGCGAGGAGACCAAGAGGGAUCUUCCCAAAAAGUGCAUCUGUGAAGAUGCGUGCGAAUGCGAAGAGGAGGCGGCAGUAAUUGAGAUGUGAUGGCGCGAUGUGCUUUUCUGCAAAAGACCUAGUUGUGCUUCACAAGAUCUCUAAAACCAAUUACUAA